GUUUCCGUUGCGAAGGACGCUGCGUCCGUUGGUUGUCAGGAUGGCUGCGGCGGGGUCGCUGCUGUCACCUCUGCUGUUUCGGGGCAAGGUAGCACCCGUCGCAGCUGCGGUCGCCACCCCAGUCAGCAGCUCCGCUGUGCGUGAGCCAGGGCUGCCGCGGGCGACUCCUCAGCGCCUGUGACUCGAGGCCUGAGAGACUGGGUGUAGGGAGAGGCCGAACUGAGGAGGAGGAGGCCGGAGCGGCCAUGAGGGAGGCGCGGGGACAAGUCGGGAGGCGGCGCUGAGGUGAAAGAUGCUGGCAGGGAGGCCGGGAGCCCAGAGCGCGGUCGCCGGCCUGGGCGCUGAAUCCGCGGACAUCCUCGGCAGAGCCCCCCUCAGCCCUCGGGAGAGCGGCGGGCGUCACCGACCUGGCGCUUACUUAGAUAUGAAAAUCCAUCUAGAAAAAAAUUUAGAGGAAGAACGCCAAAUAUUACUGCAGCAACAAAAAAUAUGUCGAAAUCGAGCACGUAAAUAUUUUGUGGAGUCAAACCGGAGAAAAAAAGCUUUUGAAGAAAAACGAAAAGAACACGAAGAAAGGGAAUACCAAAUUAGAGAACAAAUACUUCAACAAAGAAAACAGAAGUUUGAAGAAGUUACUGAAAAAUUCCAACGUGCCCAUAUCCCUCUUUCACAGCGGAGGAGAGCAGUUUUCCAAAAACCUAUUCCUCCAUUAGAAGAGGCCCUCAAACAAAUUCAAGAAUCUAACUUGAAAUCAGAAGUACACCUUCCCUUUGCCCACAGACCAACAAUAAGCCAUAGAGUUAUAGAUUCUACUUUGCCUUCAGCAUUGUCAAAAAAUGAUCACAGGCAUCAGAAACAUCUCUUAUCCAAAAUCAAUUGGGAUACAGAAAUGAAGGAAAACAAUAUGGUAAACCUAGCUACAAACAAAAAUGUGUUCCAGCUUAAACUGGAGGAAACUCAGAAGCUCCUAGAAGAUCAGCAUUUAAGCAGUUUGCAAAGAUUUUGUGAUGAAGUUAAGCAGAUAACCAAUUCUGAAACCCUUUCGAGUAUAGACAGUCUUGAGGCUGGAGAGCAUGAAGAAAUAUACUUAGCAUUUAAUAAGGAGCCUGCUACACCAAUCCAACAGGAUUCUGUUUCUCUCAAAUCAGCAAAUCUGCAGUCAACUAAUCUAAACCACUUUGAUGAAGAUAAACUGUCCUUCUCUAAAACUCAACAUAUAAAUGAUUGGCUUACAAAUUUAGAUGCUCAAAAUACUCAGCCUGUCAUACCUUUCUCAGAUAUUUUAAGUAAAUCUAGUGUUUUGUCUUCAUGGGAACAUUUUAAUAAUAAAGAACAAAAUCAGUCUACUUUAUGUAGAACUGUAGAAAGAUCCACAAGUACUACUAAUAAUUCAGUAGCUUCUGUAUAUAGUCCACCCGUAGUUGUACUAAAUAAAAAAACUGAAGAAAACUCUGAAGUUAGCACUACGAAGACAAGUGACUUCACUUCUGGAGCACUCAAAAGGGAGAAGCCAUUAGUUACAGAGACCCCAACAUUUAAAUUCAGCAAAGCCUGGACCACUCCAGAUUCUCAAACCCAGGAGGUGUCUACAUUUUCAGACCAAGAGAAAUAUUGUCAAUUAACUCAAGAAAAUAGAACUGCUUCAGUACCUACUUCAUUUGUACCAAUGGCGACACCUUUAGUCCUGCCAUUUAAUAGACAGUCCGCUAGGCCAUUAGCAAAGAGCAAUAUACACAUAAAAGAAAUUGACCCAGUACAGUGUUCUGAUAAGCUAGAUGAAUUAAAAGAUGUUAAAGAUGAAAAUAUAAAACAUUUUAAUUAUGAGAAAAAAAAGUUGCCUUUAUUUUCUGACAGUUUUCAAGCUGCCCAUAUACCUCAAAAUUCUGAUUCAAAAGAUAAAAACCAAAAUAUAACUGAAACAUCAACAUCAUUAUGUAAUAAAAUUUCUAAUUAUGACUUACUUGAUGAGCACAAGAAAAUGAAAUACAACAUUUAUGAGAGAAAUGGUGUGAAAUUUCUUAAAAGUAUUUUAAAGAAAGAAUCUAAAUAUGAACAUGAUUAUUUUAAGGCACUAAUUAUAAAGCAAGGCUUUAAGUUCAGAAAUCAAAAAGCGGCAGCUAUCAGAGAUAGUAUUGAAUUAACAAAGGAAAAAGAAAAAGGUGCAGAAAUCCUAAAGACUACUAAAAAACUGAGGUGGUUUGAUGAAACUAUUCAUAUGGGAAGCAGUGCUGAAGACACUCACUCACUGAAGAACAGAACAGGAAUAAUUCGACAGUGGCCACAACAAUUCCAUACUCAAAGUGGUGCUGGCAGCAACAUAAUUAAUGGUCCCGCUUGUGCUGUAAAUUCUGCUGAUAGAAAUAAGUCCGAGGACAUCUCUGAAAAUGUCUCUACAUUAGGAGGAUCUGGAAAAGAUCAUGUGCCUUUGAACUGUUUUGUACCCUCAGGUUAUAACUUUACUAAGCAAGCCUGGCCAGUCUCCAAAGAAGAAAGUGUAAGCCCUGUACAUAACAGUGACUCAAAACCUCAGAAAAGCAGGCCACAGAGAGAUGAAGCAAAAAUAAUUAGAAGAACAGGAUCUGCAAAAGUCCAAUCAGGAUUUAUAGAUACAAAGGGAAAAGGCCCUAUCAUUCAACCACAAUCUGCAAGCAAAGCCAAUGCCUUUAUACAAGCUCAGGGUAAACUAAUCAUACCUCAUCCUCCUCCUAAACCUGUAUCAAAUAUUAGAAGUAGUAAAAAUGUUCAAGUGUCUCAGUGUCAGUCAGUAAUGCCGCAAAAUUCUCGAAACAUCAUUACACAUGACUGUUUUAAUUCAAAAUAUGUGCUUCCCACAGAACACAGUUUCAAUCAUUGGAAUCAAGAAAGUAGUCCUCCACUCCCAGAUGCUUGUUCUGACCUGGUCACUGUGAUACCAGCUUUACCCUCUUACUAUUCUUCCAAGUGCCAAACUUUAGCAAAAACAAAUCAUUCAGACAGUACUCAAAUGAUUGCCCAGCAAAAUGGGACAUUAUAUUGCACCCAAAGAACCCCUGUUUUUGAAGAAAGUUAUCAGUCUGUGACUCUUAAAACUACUGAGAAAGAAUCUAUUCCCUCAUGGAAAAAAAGGAAUACUAUCCUGCACCAAAAUAAGAGGGCCUCUGAUUCUACUGUUAGAAGAAAACUACUUAUUGAAAAUAAGCAGAGAAGUCUUUCAGACCAGAAAAGAAAAAUCCCUGGAUCUGUAGCACAGAAAUACAGGGAGCAAAUGAGUAAUUUUGGACAAAGUGUCCAUCUAAGUUCAAGUGAGCCAAAACAAACUACAAGGGGUACUUCUAAUACUGAAGAAGUUUCAGAGAGCACUUCUGAGUUUUUGAUGGCUGAAAAUCUAGUGAAAGCUUCAGUGCCUGAGGAUGAAAUUCUAACUGUCCUGAAUAACAAACAGCUACAGAAAUCAAAUCUGGCUUUAAACAAUGCCCAGCAAUUCAACACCUGUGCACUAUCAGCUGAAGAACAGAGGAUCCUGCAGUCCCUUGACCAUCUCAAUGAAAGACUACACUAUGUACAAGAAACUAUUUGCAAAAAUCCAUCCAUCAAAAAUAUGUUACAAAUAACAGCACUUCUGAGUUUUCAUCUGGACCAGUAUAACCGCCUCCAGAUUUGCUCUCUCCAACACAUCUUCCACAUCCGAAUAAUUUCUUUAAUAUAAAGCAUGAAUAUAUUAGUUUCCUGCUUAAAAUUAAUCUUCAAUGAUUAGUUGUCACCUGAAAGAUAAAAUUUAAACUCCAGAGAGGAGCAUUUGAGCCCUUUUCAGCCUCUCCUCCAGUUGCUCCCUGGCUCAUAACUUGCAUUUUGUUGCGCGAUUGGCGAGUCUCCCUGGAAGUCCUCGGGUGUGUCUGGGGCCCACACCAUCCCCGCUGCCUCACGAGACAUGUUCUUUUAUCUGCUGUCCUGUACCUCCUCUUCAGGACUUGAUCUCUGUGUUGUCCAUCUGGGAAAACUUUUCAGUUCCAAGCUUUAUUCUGCCCAAAAUUUAGAAUUUCCUGCUUUUGGCAACCACGCAGCCUGACUGUCACUUUGUACAAGUUACUGUAUUAGUCUCUUUCUUCACUGAACAGACAUUGCUUGGGUUCUUCCCACCUGUCAGGUGCUCUGCUAGGGUUGCAGCUAGAAAAGGAGAAAGCAGCUUCCAUGCUCACAGAGGCAACAUGCAAGUUAAACAGUUAUGAGAGUUCCUGCAGUACAACCUCAAGAUCCCUAUCAUUGUUUAGAGUAUAAUUUUAAUACAAAAAUUUACAAAUCUUAGACACAUUUUCAUUUUAGAGUGUUGCAUUUACUUUAAAAUAAAAUAAAUUUAAUGAACUUUUAACAAUUACCUCCCAAGCCACUUACUUCUUUAACCCAAAAUAUUGUUAAACACUCACAGAGUCUUACACAGGUUCAAAGUGGUUCCUAUACAAAAUAAAAUUAUUAAAUGUUAUCACAGCAGAUGAUAGAAAGCACUAAGAAAAGAUUACCAACAGCAAAAAGUGAAUUAUAGUUAAUAUGAUGCCUUACAUACAAUGGUAAUCAUUUUUGUUGAGAUGUAUGUAUGUGUAGCAUUAAAGAAUUUGAAUUGUGAAUUUAGUCUUAUUAAAAUCUAUAAUCUGUAAACCGGUUCACCUGUAGUCUGUGAAUACUACAAUAAAAGAACGUUCUGAACCUAUGUUACAGAACAGCCAACCAAAGGCCAGUCCAUCUCCUGAUGUUGGAUCCAAAUUGCAAAGAAAAUUCUGAUGACAUAUGACGGCAGCUGUUUAGUGGAAUCACUAUUUCUGAUAAUCUUCUGUAAAUGAAUCAUAUAUUUCUGCAGUUAUUAAUGAUUUAAAACACUAUAAACAUAAAAUAAAUCAUAAUAUAGGUAACAGAGAUAAAUUAUCUAAUUUACAUUUAUGCUACAAAUCAUUAUUAUGUAUUUUGUUGGUAAAUACAUUUUUAAUGGAUGGAAUACUUCAUUAUUUUCAGCAAGCAUGUUACUGGUUAUAAAGUCAUUUUAUUUAAAAUAAGAGAGACUAUUUUG